ACGCACGCAGGGGGAAAGUGUGUGUGAGGGAGAGGGUGACAGUGUGUAUGAGAAAGAAGGAGAGAAAGAGAGUGACAAAAGCAGUUAGUUCCAUGGACUGAAAGUGGAAAACAAGCAAGAGGGAAGGAGGGAGGGAAAGAAAAGUGUUUGAGAGAAAGAGAGAUCUUCUCCCCUCUGUUCUGGUGGCUGUUUUCUUUGCUGUGAGCCUGAGAAGGGGGAGGACCUAAACUCAGCGCUCAGAGUCAAUACUGGACCCCUACUGGACUCCGAUGCCCUUACUGGAGUCCACCGCGCUACACACAAACAUGCUCUCACACACACACACACACACAUACUCUCUCACACAGUGACACACACACACGCUCCCUCAGACCCCUGCAGCUACUGCAGCCUACUACUGCAGAACGGAGCAGAGGGAGAAACAGAGAACGAGGGGGAGAAAGGAGGGGAAGUCGUUCGUUGUUACUACUUGUUGCUGAUUGCUUUCCGUGCGGAGCGUUGAGGAUGAUACUCCCUGUCUUUUCCUAGCGGGAGCUUGUCUGAGAAUCGCCCCCUGAGAGAACAGGCCGCAGACGGAGUAUGCCCGGUAGCGCCCCGGACAAGACCAUACCACCCAUGGAACCUGCCGCCGCAGCCACACCCUUCAGAGUCACUGGCUUUCUGAGUCGGAGGCUGAAGGGUUCUAUAAAGCGUACUAAGAGCCAGCCCAAACUGGACCGUAACUCCAGCUUCAGACACAUCCUGCCUGGAUUCAGGAGUGUGGACAAUGAGAGUUCUAAUCUGAUGCCGAGGCUGAAGGAGUCUCGCAGCCACGAGUCGUUGCUCAGCCCCAGUAGUGCUGUGGAGGCCGUGGACCUCAGCAUGGAGGACGAGGUGCUCAUCAAACCUGUUCACAGCUCCAUCCUCGGACAGGACUACUGCUUCCAGGUCACCACCUCAACAGGAAGUAAAUGUUUCUCCUGUCGAUCUUCAUCAGAGAGGGACAAGUGGAUGGAGAACCUGAGGAGAGCCGUCCACCCCAACAAGGACAACAGCCGUCGGGUGGAGAACAUGCUGAAGCUGUGGAUCAUCGAAGCCAAGGACAUUCCGGCCAAGAAGAAGUACUUCUGCGAGCUGUGUCUGGACGACACCCUGUACGCCCGCACCACCUGCAAGCUCAAGACCGACAACGUCUUCUGGGGCGAGCACUUUGAGUUCAACAACCUCCCGGCUGCCAAGAGCAUCACGGUCCACCUCUACAAGGACUCGGACAAGAAAAAGAAAAAAGACAAGAACAAUUACAUCGGACUGGUCAACAUCCCAGUCGCCGCGGUAACGGGAAGGCAGUUCAUGGAGAAGUGGUACCCGGUAAGCACUCCGACGCCCAACAAGGGGAAGACGCCAGGGCCCAUGAUUCGGAUCAAGGCCCGCUACCAGAUCAUGAACAUCCUGCCUAUGGAGAUGUAUAAGGAGUUUGCAGAGUACACCACCAAUAACUACAUGUUGCUGUGCUCCGUGCUGGAGCCUGGUAUCAGUGUGAAGAACAAGGAGGAGAUGGCUUCUGCCCUGGUCCACAUUCUACAGAGCACCGGCAAGGCCAAGGACUUCCUGACAGACCUGAUGAUGUCAGAGGUGGACCGGUGUGGGGAGAACGAGCACCUGAUCUUCCGAGAGAACACGCUGGCCACCAAGGCUAUAGAGGAGUACCUCAAACUAGUGGGGCAGAAGUACCUACAGGAUGCACUCGGUGAGUUUAUCAAGGCGUUGUAUGAGUCAGAUGAGAACUGUGAGGUGGACCCGUCCAAGUGUUCGUCCAAUGACCUGCAGGAGCACCAGAGCAACCUGAAGAUGUGCUGUGAGCUGGCCUUCUGCAAGAUCAUCAACUCCUACUGUGUGUUUCCACGGGAACUCAAGGAGGUGUUUGCAUCGUGGCGACAGGAGUGCAGUAGCCGGGGGCGACCGGACAUCAGCGAGCGUCUGAUCAGUGCGUCUCUGUUCCUGCGUUUCCUGUGUCCGGCCGUUAUGUCCCCGUCGCUUUUCAACCUGAUGCAGGAAUACCCUGAUGACCGCACCGCACGCACACUCACACUCAUCGCCAAGGUCACGCAGAACCUGGCCAACUUCGCCAAGUUUGGCAGUAAGGAGGAGUACAUGUCCUUUAUGAACCAGUUCCUGGAACAUGAGUGGACCAACAUGCAGCGCUUCCUGCUGGAGAUCUCUAACCCAGAGACCAUCUCUAACACUGCAGGGUUCGAAGGUUACAUAGACCUGGCGGAGCUGUCCACCCUGCACAACCUGCUGUCAGAGGUCGUCUCUACCAUGGACCAGAGCUCCGCCUCCAAGCUAGGUCCCCUACCCAGGAUCCUCCGGGAGGUGAACACAGCGCUGAACAACCCGUCCAGCAUGACCAUGAGCAUGACCCCUCCGUCCUCCUCUGACCGUAUGGGGUCACCGCCCAAUGCUGGGGCAGGCUGCAGCAUCUCCACCGGCCUACAGAAGAUGGCCAUCGACAAUGACCUUUCAGGGUUGGUGGACUUCACCCGGUUACCCUCCCCCCCCCCGGAGAACAAGGAACUCUUCUUUGUCACCAGGAACGCUGGGAUCCAGCCCACCCCGGCCCGCAGCUCUAGCUACUCUGAAUCCAAUGAGCCCGACCUGGGCAUAGCCAACGGCAGCAAGAGCCUGUCCAUGGUGGACCUCCAGGACCCCCGCAGCUUAGAGAGUGGCCCAGGCCCUGGCCCAGGCCCUGGCCCGUCAGACGGCCUGGGAGAGGGCAUCGUUCCUGGGGAGUGUGGUCGGCCCGAACCCCCAGGGAACAUCAUUGGAGGUCCUACUCUGAGAAGGCCCGUCCAGACCCCCACCACCCCCGGAUCGGAGAGCGCCCCAGGCAGACCUGCUCAGCUUCUAGCCCCCCUGUCCUUCCAGAACCCAGUCUACCAGAUGGCGGCAGGGCUGCCCUUGUCGCCGCGGGGCCUGGUCGACUCGGGUUCUGAGGGCCACAGCUCCCACAGUUCCCAUAGCAACAAUGAGGAUGGGCCAGGAGGAGGAGGGGGGAUACACAACUCCUUCCUGAACCACGGAGUAGGAGGUGGUGGGAGCAGCGUGGAGGAGUAUGCCCGUCGUUCGGGGGAGUUCAUAGGCACGCGGAGGCAGCUGUCACUCACAGAGGCCCAGCACCAGCCCACCGUGCCCAGACAGAAUAGCGCUGGCCCCCAGCGCAGGAUAGACCAGCCCCCUCCACAGACCACCGUCACCAGGGGCCGCACGCCCCCAAACCUGCUCAACAGCGGGCCCUACCCGCGCCCCUCCAGCAGCAGCAUGAUGUCAUCCCCCGACUGGCCCGGCAACGGGGCGCGGCUACGGCAACAGUCGUCGUCAUCAAAAGGAGACAGCCCAGAGAGCAAGCAGAGAGCCCAGCACAAACAGGCCCCCUCCCCAGUGAAGCCCAAUGCACUGGACCGUACGGCUGCCUGGCUGUUGAAUAUGAAUGUUCAGUAUGUAGACCAUGAGGGGAUGGACCCAGAGUUCAGAAACAGAGAGGAUCUCACUCAGGCCGAGAAGUACCAGCAGGAGAUUGUGGUCCUCCAGGAGAAGCUGCGUGUGUCGGUCCAGAAGCUGGAGGAGUAUGAGGCUCGUCUGAAGGGUCAGGACGACGGUGCUCAAAAGGUGCUGAUGGAGUACCAGGCACGGCUGGAGGAGUCUGAGGAACGCCUGAGACGACAGCAGGAUGACAAGGACCUCCAGAUGAAGGGUAUUAUAAGCAGGUUAAUGUCGGUGGAAGAGGAGCUAAAGAAAGAUCACAAUGACAUGCAGGCUGUGGUUGACUCCAAACAGAAGAUCAUUGAUGCACAGGAGAAACGUAUAGCGUCCCUGGACACGGCCAACGCCCGUCUGAUGAGUGCCCUGACCCAGCUGAAGGAGCGCUACAGCAUGCAGACCCGUAACGGCAUCUCCCCGACCAACCCCACCAAGCUCCAGAUCACUGAGAAUGGAGAGUUCAGGAACAGCAGCAACUGCUAGAGGCAGAGAGAGAGAGAGGGUGUGUGUGUGUGUGUGUGUGUGUGUGUGUGUGUGUGUGUGUGUGUGUGUGUGUGUGUGUGUGUGUGUGUGUGUGUGUGUGUGUGUGUGUGUGUGUGCUGUGUGUGUGUGUGUUGGCUGGUGCUUGUAGAGGACACUUCCUUAUAUGGACACUACAUGGUGAGGAGAAUGUGAGUGAGGAGACCACUGCCAGGGGCCAAGCGAGGAGGCGGGUCUUCAGUUUGACAGACAGCAGACCAGGAAAGAGACAGCGAAUCAAUGGACAGAGCUGAACACCAGAUGGGCCCUGCAGAGGAGAAGCCGGGACAAGCUGUAGACAUGAACUGAACUCUCCGUCAAUCAAUCGACUUGGAUGUUUCCAUUGGAUGUAUGCAGUUGCUGGGACAAUUUCAGGCUCUCUUCCCUAAAGCUUGGGUCAAACCACUAUAUAAUCAACACAUUGUCUGUCAGAUAGUCACCCAAAACCUCUUUACUCUCAUCUUCUCUUCUUCUCUGUUCUCCUUUCCUCUCCUCUUCUCUCUUCUCUGUUUUCCUCUCCUUUCCUGACCUCCUCUCUUCUUCUCUCUGUUAGGAGCAGGUUAUGUGGACCUUGUACAAAACAAUAACAAAAACAAUGGUUUAGAUCUUAUCUCAUUCUUUUAAAAACCAAAUAGGAGCUUUGAAAUAUUUUUUGUCCAAACUGAUCUUUAUAUUUAAGUCCCUGAGUGUGUUCCAAAGUGCCCCACUAUCCCCUACCCCCAUGUCCCCUACAUAGUGCACUUUGUGAAAGUUAUUGGUACAUGAAAUGCCUUAAGUAAGGAACACACCUCUACUUUGUCCUUCAGCCCCCUUCUUCCUGCCAUAAAAAGGCACAACUUAUAAUACUGUGGAUUUGUAAAGGAAUACAUAUACUGUAUAAAUACAUCACGUAAUGUAUUAUAAACCCUAAAUAAUGAACUAUAUGUGAGACUAUAUUAAUGAUAUUUAAUAUAGAUGUAUGCAUAUUUAUUUUUUCCCUCUAUAAAGUAUACAUGAGAUAUAGUUAUAUUUGAAAGACUGCAGCUAUACUGUGUAUUAUAGGGCAUAGGGGGAGAGACUGCAGCUAUACUGUGUAUUAUAGGGCAUAGGGGGAGAGACUGCAGCUAUACUGUGUAUUACAGGGCAUAGGGGGAGAGACUGCAGCUAUACUGUGAGUAGCACCAUCAACAGAUUAAAUAGUUAGAAUGCUAUUUUAUUUCUUCUAAGCCUUUAGUUUAUCCAGGUUUUCUGGACAGACCUAGUUGGGUUGAGGUUUGCUUUAGUGCUUCAUCAUUAAUGUUGAAUCAACGUUGAAUCAAUGUUGUAUGUUGGUUGUGUGUCCCUCUGCAUUUGGAGCUAUAGGACUGGCUCAUUGUAAUGGCUUGAAUGGAAUGAAUGGUCAAACAUGGUAUCAAACACAUGGCAACCACAUGUUUGACUCCAUUCCAAAACUCCAUUCCAGCCAUUGCAAUGAGCCUGUCCUCCUAUAGCUCCUCCCACCAGCCAUGGUUGGUCUCAUAGCCCCUGUAGUACAAGGAGAGAGAGAGUUGUGUUGUUUAACACAACAUUAUACUAUACACUGGACUGGUGUCGGUCACGUGACCUCACAGAUUAGAAUAUUACUUUUUCUUAAAACUCUUAAGUAAGAAUGUUACUCUUAAAACUCCUGUUUGUAAAUUAAUGUCAAUGAAGCAUGCUGCAUCGAGACUGUGACCUCCCACUUCGCUUUCAAGCAUCUCUCUCUCCUCUAUUUCUCUCCCCUUCUCCUUCAUUCCCUCUCUCCAUCUCUCUCUCCUCUAUUUCUCUCCCCUUCUCCUUCAUUCCCUCUCCCUCUCCUCUAUUUCUCUCCUCUUCUCCUUCAUUCCCUCUCUCCCUCUCCCUCUCUCUCUCCUCUAUUUCUCUCCCCUUCUCCUUCAUUCCCUCUCUCCCUCUCUCUCUCUCUCUUCUGAAUGUGAAGAUGCUACUCAAACACAGUUGGUCUUAAAAUUGGGUGUUUAAGUCCUUCUGAAUGAUCCGAUAGCUGCUGUUCGGCUCGCCCCCACCAGACAUUUCAACAUCUAUAUUUGGUAUAUUUUUCUAUUCCUUUUUUCUUACCUUUACAGAUUAAUUAAUAAGAGUGGUGAAAUCUGCAUGCUUCAUUUUGGUGCUAUAACCAAUGGUAGCGCCAGACUGUCAGCUUUUGUUUUCGGUUGCCAAUAUAGGAAGAUGAUGAACUUCUUUUUUAUGAGUUGCUACAGAAAUAAACAUAUAUAAUAUGUGA